AUGGACAAAAUAGAUACUAAAAAAAGCAACCUCUCUCUAAGCACUCCAAAAAAAUCAUUUCUCAAAAACCAACAAAGACUGGAAAUGAUUAUUUCCGCAUACGCUCCACAUUCAACUCGCCUGCCUCCUAUUGCAAAAAGUGAAAGAUAUCUUGAACCAAAAACUGGUGCCAAAUUAGCAAUCAAAAAGCCAAACAUAGUAAAGCUUGUAAAAGAAGAGCCUUUGCCUCCAUGAAUGCAAGACAUUGGAAUCCGAAGUUUUAAUGAUGAUAAAGUGUCUCUAAUUCAGUAUGAUCUCUUAAGCCAAAAAGAUAAACUGAUUUUAAAAAACAGGUGCAUGCCCGACAGAAUCAAAAGCAAGGUAAAAACAGUCUUUCGAGCCCAAGAAAAAGUCGAGAAAGACAAGAAGCUGAAAAACGUGUUCAGAAGGAUCCGAAAAAUGGACACACAUAAGUUUGAAAAAGAGAUGAUGAAACUAAAAUGAAUUAACUCUGACCCAGAGUUUCAAAAAAAUGAAGAAGAUGACAUAAAACUAGAAAAUAUAUUUUCUCAAAGGGAAAUUGGCAUUAAUAUUGCUGAAAAAGCUGAUUUAAACGCUAGUGAAGAAAAUUCUCUUCACAGAAAGAACAACAAUCAUAAAGAAGAUAUCCAUAGCCUCCCUAAUACUUCUCCAGGUCAAUAG